AUGGAGCUGGAGAACGUCUUAGCCAACACGCUGCAUUUGAAAGCGCGCCUAGGGGGAUAUGGCAAAAAAUAUGGUCGUAGCAGAAAAUGGAGGGAGAUAUUGAAGCUGCUGCCCGUCAGCUACUGGUGCGAGCUCAGACUUUCCAUUGAAAAGGAUUAUAACAGUCUUUGUGACAAGCAGCCAAUAAGAAGAACUCUCUUCAGGCAAUUCUGUGAUACAAAGCCUAAUCUAAAGAGAUGCAUUGAAUUCUUGGAUACAGUGUCAGAAUAUGAAGUUGCUGAGGAUGAGGACCGAAGUGAUUGUGUACUGUCAGUCUUAGAUAAAUUCUUCAUUAAUGAGUCAGCAGACCCCUUGCCAGAAAUAAUUCUAGAUGUUAUGAAAGAAUGUAGAUCCAGACUGAAGCAGCACCCUUGCAAAAAAGUCUUUGAGGAAUGCACUAGAGUUGUCCAUAUAAGAGGGAAACCAUUUGAAGAAUACCAAGAAAGCUCAUAUUAUUCUCAGUUUUUACAAUGGAAACUGCUGGAAAGGCAACCAGUAACGAACACAUUUAGACAUUACAGAGUUCUAGGAAAAGGAGGAUUUGGAGAGGUUUGUGCCUGUCAAGUACGAGCCACAGGAAAAAUGUAUGCCUGUAAAAAACUAGGAAAAAAAAGAAUAAAGAAGAGGAAAGGUGAAGCUAUGGCUUUAAAGGAAAAAAGAAUCCUAGAAAAAGUACAUAGUAGAUUUGUAGUUAGUUUAGCCUACACUUAUGAAACCAAAGAUGCCUUGUGCUUGGUACUCACCAUUAUGCUGAGGGAUUUGAAGUUUCACAUUUACAACCUGGAUAAUUCUGGCUUUGAUGAGCAGAGAGCUGUUUUCUAUGCUGCAGAGGUGCGUUGUGGCUUGGAAGAUUUACAGAGGGAGAGAAUUGUAUACAGAGACUUAAAGCCUGAGAAUAUUCUCCUCAAUGAUCGUGGACAUAUCCGGAUUUCAGACCUUGGUUUAGCUGUGGAGAUCUCAGAAGGGCAGACGUUUCAAGGUAGAGUUGGAACAGUUGGCUACGUGGCUCCUGAAGUUAUCAAUAAUGAAAACUAUACAUUUAGUCCUGAUUGGUGGGGACUUGGCUGUCUUAUAUAUGAAAUGAUUCAGGGACAUUCUCCAUUCAGAAAAUUCAAAGAGAGAAUCAGACGGCAGGAGGUAGAGCAAAGAGUCAAGAAGGAUACUGAGGAGUAUUCCAAAAAGUUUUCAGAGGACACCAAAUCUAUCUGCAGAAUGUUACUCACCAAGAACCCAAGUGAACGGCUGGGCUGCAAGGGCGAUGGAGCAGCCAGAGUGAAGCAGCACCCUGUGUUCAAGGACAUCAACUUCAGGAGGCUGGAAGCAAACAUGCUGGACCCUCCUUUCUGUCCUGACAUGAGUGUGCUGCCAAGAGUAAUGGUCCCUGGGAACAGUGAUCCAUGCAACAUAGUUUUUUUUUUAAAGCAGAUACAGAAUCACCUGGGACAGCCAGGCUCCCCACAGCCACCCCCAGACCCUGUGUAG